AUGAAGCUAUUACGAUCUCACUUCCACGAGACGCUUGAAACAGCUGCAGCCAAGAUCGGGAUCGGCAAGUCCACGAUGAAAGUGGUGUGCCGGAAACUCGGGCUGAAGAAGUGGCCCUACACCAACAAGGGAAAGAAGAGGACGGAGAAGAAGAAGGCCCUUGUGAAGUUGGAACAAACCUUGCGUCAGUCGCAGCAACAACAACUCCUUGCUGCAGGAAGAAAGUAG